CGCUCGGCAACCACGGCCGGCAGCGGCAGGCGGGCAGCGGUGAUGCCGCAGGCGGGCAGCCCCCCUGGCUCCGGGAGCACGGCGCUGCUGGCCCUGUCGCUGGCCCUGGCAGGGUCCCUGGGCGGCGGGCAGCACUACGAUUACUAUGGGUGGCAGCCCGAGAACCUGCCCCACGGGCGCUUCUACGGGCGGGAGCCGCAGUGCCUCGACAUCCCGCCCGACAUGCAGCUCUGCCGCGACGUGGGAUACAAGCGCAUGCGGCUGCCCAACCUGCUGGAGCACGAGACCAUGGCCGAGGCCAAGCAGCAGGCUGGCAGCUGGGUGCCCCUGCUCGCCAAGCAGUGCCACACUGACACCCAGCUCUUCCUCUGCUCCCUCUUCGCCCCCGUCUGCCUCGACCGGCCCGUCUACCCCUGCCGCUCCCUCUGUGAGGUGGUACGUGACUCCUGUGCCCCCGUCAUGGAGUCCUACGGCUUCCCCUGGCCUGAGAUGCUGCACUGUGGCAAGUUCCCCUCUGACCACGAGCUCUGCAUUGCCGUCCAGUUUGGGAACAGCAAAGCCACUCCGCCACCAGUGUCCAAGAUCUGCACGCAGUGUGAGAUGGAGCACAAGGCAGAUGGCAUGAUGGAGCAGAUGUGCUCCAGUGACUUUGUGGUGAAGAUGCGCAUCAAGGAGAUGACGGAGGAGAACGGGGAGCGGCGGCUCGUGGCUGCCCAGAAGAAGAAGGUGCUGAAGCUGGGCCCGCUCAAGCGCAAAGACACCAAGAAGAUGGUGCUGCACAUGAAGAACGCAGGUGCCUGCCCCUGCCCCCAGCUGGACAGCCUCAGUGGCAGCUUUCUGGUGAUGGGCCGCAAGGUGGGCAGCCGCCUGCUCCUCCUGGCCAUCUACCCCUGGCAGAAGCACAACAAGGAGAUGAAGUUCGCAGUCAAGUUCAUGUUUUCCUACCCUUGCCCCCUCUACCACCCCUUGCUCUAUGGGGCUGGGCAGCACUAGCACUCUGCCCACCCUGCAUUCUCCCAGGACUCCUGCACUGGUCCAACACUGCAUCCCUGGCAUCCCUAGCUGCACCGCAGGAUCCCAGCUCUGCUCACCUCAGGCCCUUGGCUGUGUCCCUGAACCCUGCUCUGCAUCCCCAGGAUUCCCACCUGCAUUUAUGGGAACCUUGAUCCACAGCCAGGACCCCUGCCUCCUUCUGAGAGCCUUUUUCUGCACCCCCGGGACCCCUGUUGUGCUCGCAGGACCCUUGUCCACAUCCAGCAGUUUAGGCUGAACCAGAGCCCUUGCUCUGCAUGCUUGUGAGCCCUAGUCUGCACCAGAGACCCUUGGCUACUCCCAAGCUCCCUGUCCAGCAGCCCAGGGACUCCUGUUUUCAUUUAGGAUCCCUGCUUGGCCCUCUUGGGACCACUUGGCUGCACCUUGGACCCCAACCCUGUGCCUGUGUCCCCUGCCCAGCUCCCUCAUGACAUGCCCCAGACCCUCAGACCCCACAGUCCCUACUCCAGCCCACCAACACAUCCCAUGCCCUUACCUUGAGCUCGCAUCCCCUCCCUGGAUCUCACCUUCGCACAGACCCACCCCAGCCAAGGCAGGUCCCUUCUGCCUCCCUGUCCCCACAGACUGUUUCCCUCAAGACCAAGUGCCCAGAACAGCCCAGCCCCUGCCUGGGCUCCUCACCCCCCAUUCCACAUGGAUCAGUGUGUGUGUGGGCUCCACCUCCAAGCCCCCCAGACCAGCUCUGCUGCAUCGCUCACAUACACCCCUGGCAUGACCCAGCCCAGGCACCCCUUGCCCAUACACACCACAGUAAAUUAUUCCAUCUCAGUCUGUGUCCAGCUCGAUGUGGUUCAUGGGCAACCGCCCCUUGGGGCUCCCUCAGGGACCCCAGAAGAAGGGGAGAGGGGUCCCAGUCCUGCCAACUGAAUGGGGCAGCCCGAGGGAGCAGGAUCACCCUAAGCUCUGGCUCUACCCCACUCCAGCUGCCAUGCCCAGAGCCUGAGUCUGGGCAGUCCAGACAAGUCAAGGAAUAAAAUUCCCAGAGGUCACAGGCAUG